AUGGCUAUGGUGGUCCUCACACCCCUUUUGCUCAUACUCCCUUUUCUCCUACUUAAACUCCUCUACGACAACCUCUCAUGCUACUGGUUCACCCCUCUACGCAUAAAAAAGAUCAUGGAGAUGCAAGGUGUCCGUGGCCCCAAACCUAGUUCCUUCACCGGCAACAUCCUAGACAUGGCUUCCCUUGUCUCCAAAACAACCUCCCAAGACAUGAAAACCAUAAGCCACGACAUUGUUGGUCGUCUUCUCCCACAUUUCUUGCUUUGGUCUAGCCAAUUUGGAAAGAGGUUUCUGUAUUGGAAUGGAACAGAACCGAGGCUGUGUCUCACCGAGACCGAAUUGAUCAAAGAGUUCCUUUCAAAAUACAGUACGGUAUCUGGGAAAUCCUGGCAGCAAAGACAGGGUUCAAAGAAUUUCAUUGGGCAAGGACUGUUGAUGGCAAAUGGUGAAGAUUGGUACCACCAACGUCACAUCGUUGCCCCUGCAUUCAUGGGAGACAGACUUAAGAGCUAUGCUGGGCACAUGGUGGAAUGCACUAAGGAGAUGCUCCAAUCGCUGAAAAUUGCGUUGGAGUGUGGCCAAACCGAGGUGGAGAUUGGUCACUACAUGACUAAACUCACUGCAGAUAUUAUCUCUAGGACCGAGUUUGGUACGAGUUAUCAGAAAGGGAAGAAAAUAUUCCACCUCCUCACACUGCUGCAGAGUCGUUGUGCUCAAGCAAGUCGUCAUCUUUGCUUUCCCGGAAGCAGGUUUUUCCCAAGCAAGUAUAACAGAGAGAUAAAGUGUUUGAAGAUGGAGGUGGAGACUCUGCUGAUGGAGAUCAUACAAAGCAGAAAAGACUGUGUGGAGAUUGGAAGAAGCAACUCUUAUGGGAAUGAUUUGUUGGGGAUGCUCCUCAACGAGAUGCAGAAGAAAAAAGGGAAUGGAAACAGCAUCAAUCUGCAGCUAGUGAUGGAUCAAUGCAAAACAUUUUUCUUUGCCGGACACGAAACCACUGCACUUUUACUCACUUGGACAGUUAUGUUACUCGCCAGCAACACAUCAUGGCAGGACAAAGUCCGAGAAGAGGUUAAAAAUGUCUGCAAUGGUGAAAUCCCUUCUUUGGAUCAACUCUCCAAACUCACUCUUUUGCACAUGGUGAUCAACGAAUCACUGAGGUUGUAUCCUCCGGCAUCGGUGCUUCCGAGGAUGGUGUUUGAAGACAUAGUACUAGGUGACCUUUACAUUCCUAAGGGCUUGUCGAUUUGGAUUCCGGUGUUGGCCAUUCAUCACAGUGAAAAGCUAUGGGGCAAAGAUGCAAACGAGUUCAACCCAGAGAGGUUCAGUUCGAAGUCAUUUGUUCCUGGUCGUUUUCUACCGUUUGCUUCUGGGCCCAGAAAUUGCGUGGGACAAGCCUUCGCAUUAAUGGAAGCUAAGAUGAUAUUAGCCAUGUUGAUUUCCCGGUUCAGCUUCACCAUUUCUGAAAAUUACCGUCAUGCCCCUGUGGUUGUUCUCACCAUCAAGCCCAAAUAUGGGGUUCAGGUUUGUUUGAAGCCCUUGGAGGCAUGAGGGAUCGUCCAUUGUGGAGAGAGUUUUCAGAGUUGAAAGAGAGUUUUUGUCUUUUUAUGGUGCGGAAUAUAUAAUAUAUAUAAUAUAAUAUAUAUUUGUAUAACAAUGGUCAUCUUGAUGAUCUUGAUGAGCAUUCUUGUAAUUUUUUAUUUCGACUUUUUUUACAACCAUCGGGAGAUAGAGAUGAAAUAAUGAUUGCAAGGAUUAGGAUAUGUAAAUUAAAAACUUUAAUGAAACAACACGUAUUUAUCUCUU